CUCAAUAGUUGUGGCUCACGGGCUCUAGAGCACAGGCUCAAUAGUUGUGGCACACGGGCUUAGUUGCUCCGUGGCAUGUGGAAUCUUCCCAGAACAGGGCUCGAACCUGUGUCCCCUGCAAUGGCAGGCGGAUUCUUAUCCACUGCGCCACCUAGGAAGUCCUAAUGUUUUUUUAACUUGCAGGGCUCAAGGGGAAAGUCCCUUCCCAGCAGUCCCAACCUGUAGGUUGCAAAGUUAUUUGGGCCUCAGAGCUCUGUGUACUCGUCAGAUCAAAUCUGGAAAAGAACAAAUCUGUUUAACCUUUAGGUUAAAUUUAAACCAUGUGAAAUUGCCAAAUGCCAAUGUUACGCUGUUUUUUACUGAAAAAAAUGCAAAACAGCAGUGCAUAGGUUCAACCUAAUAUGCACGUUCCUUAUAUUGUUGCAUAAGCUGAGCUGGGACGUUGGGGAAGAGGUAGGUGUGAGACUUCUAGAGUAUCGGGAGGAAGGCCGCGGAGGAGAGGGCGCGGGGGAAAGAGGUCCCCGCGCUAGGAGAGAUAAAGGACGCCGGCUCCGCUUCCCUCCUCCAUCCUGGCCGAUGCAAGCUUGGCCACGCCCUAGUUUGCGGCCGCCGUAAAGUGUGGCGUCGUGGCCCCGCCCCUUCCUGCGCUGCUUGUGACGCCGGCGCCGUGGGCUUUUUGCGCGGGAAAAGGAAGCGGACGGGAGCUCUGGUCAGUGUUGCUGGCUGUUUUUGCUGAGGCAGCCACGCGCUCCGCACCGCUGCCGGCCAUGGGGCUUCUGGAGCUGUGUGAGGAAGUAUUCGGCACCGCCGACCUCUACCAAGUGUUAGGCGUGCGGCGCGAGGCCUCAGACGGCGAGGUCCGACGCGGCUAUCACAAGGUGUCCCUGCAGGUGCACCCGGACCGGGUGGGCGAGGGCGACAAGGAGGACGCCACCCGCCGCUUCCAGAUCCUUGGGAAGGUCUAUUCCGUUCUGAGCGACAAAGAUCAGAGAGCAGUGUACGAUGAACAGGGAGCAGUGGACGAAGAUUCUGACGUGCUCAGCCAAGAUCGGGACUGGGAGGCCUAUUGGAGAUUACUCUUUAAAAAGAUAUGUCUAGAAGACAUUCAGGCUUUUGAGAAGACAUACAAAGGUUCUGAAGAAGAGCUGGCUGAUAUUAAACAGGCCUAUCUGGACUUCAAGGGUGACAUGGAUCAGAUCAUGGAGUCUGUGCUGUGUGUGCAGUACACAGAGGAACCCAGGAUAAGGAACAUUAUUCAACAAGCCAUUGAUGCCAGAGAGGUCCCAUCCUAUAAUGCCUUUGUCAGAGAAUCAAAGCAAAAGAUAAAUGCAAGGAAAAGGAGGGCUCAGGAAGAAGCUAAAGAAGCAGAAAUGAGCAGGAAGGAGUUGGGGCUUGAUGAAGGAGUGGGUAACUUGAAAGCAGUCAUUCAGAGCAGACAAAAGGAUCGGCAAAAGGAAAUGGACAAUUUUCUGGCUCAGAUGGAAGCAAAGUACUGCAAACCUUCAAAACGAGGAGGGAAAAAAAUGACUCUCAAGAAAGAAAAGAAAUGAUGGAAUUUUCUCUUCAAAAGUCCUUAGGUGUUAACUGAUGCCAUUGUAGGCAAGGUACAGUCAAGAUUUGAAGACAGAAGUUAACCCUUGAGAAAAGUUGUCUUUCAAGCCUAAAUUAUUCAGAUUGACUAUGUAAACCAAACAGAAUCUCUCAGCCUGAUCUUAGUAUAUCUUAGAAACACCCUGACAUUCUGUGAGGUCCUCCUGUGAAGGAAUUUGGUGGUGAUCAUUGAGGGAGCAGGAGGGUAUAUGCUUCCUGAUAGCACUCUUCUAUGGGUCUUCUGUACAAGGAACUGUAUCUAGAAUGCAGAUCUGUCCCUACCACCUUUAGCAGUUGUCAUUUUGCCACACAGGAGUGAGCUGCAGGGUAUUCAGUAGUGUGCGUUUAUUAGAACAGGUAUUCUACCUAGCCUUCUGGACACUUUCUGGACAUCUGUCUUCCAAAUACUUGCCAGUUUGCUUUCAUUCUUUAUGUUCUUGCAUAGACCCUCUCCUUUUUGUUUUACUCAACCAAGUUUUGCACUCUGCUUGAAGUAUAUAGGAGAAACGGGUGUUCAGAUAACUUUAAGCACCUUUGUAAGAAGUAUACGUGAUUACAUAAACAAGUAAAAAAUUAC